GACAGAAGACCAAAGUGGUAUAAACACUGGAACAGCUGAUAAUUCGAGCAGUAACGUUUAUUCAGCGAUAAGAUGUGCGAAGGCCCUAAAAACAACAACAAUUGACAAAUUAUCAAAACAAGUGAUCUACAUCACAAAUAUUGGUCUAAUCUCUGCACAAAGUCGCAUCAGAUUUGAAUUAAAAUUUGGCUUUUCUUCUGGUUUUCGAAAUUGAAAUAAAAUGUUUUACACGAGAUUUUCUUCAGCAAAACGAUUUUUAAGUGCACAGUCUCAGCCAAUAAAGAAGAACAUACAGAAGAUUUUGAUUGCAAAUCGUGGUGAGAUUGCGUGUCGUGUCAUAAAAACUGCACGCAAAUUAGGUGUACAAACAGUCGCAGUUUAUUCAGAUGCUGAUGCCAAGUCGCUUCAUGUGCACGAAGCCGACGAAGCGUAUCACAUUGGUCCAGCAGCAUCCACACAAUCGUAUUUAUGCAGCUCAAAGAUUAUCGAUGUAGCAAAACGAGCUCGUUGUCAUGCCAUCCAUCCCGGUUACGGAUUCUUAUCAGAAAGUGUGGAAUUUUCUGAUUUGUGUCAACGUGAAGGGAUCAUAUUCAUUGGUCCCCCAGCGUCAGCUAUCCACGAUAUGGGUAUAAAAAGUACGUCUAAGGCAAUUAUGGCAGCUGCCGGUGUUCCGAUCAUUAAUGGAUAUCACGGAGACGAUCAAUCGAAUGAAAAAUUGCAGACUGAAGCACAAAUAAUUGGCUUUCCACUCAUGAUCAAAGCGGUCCGAGGUGGCGGUGGCAAAGGAAUGCGAAUUGCGAAUACUGAAGCUGAGUUCAUGGAUCAAUUGGAAUCAGCAAGAACGGAAUCGGCCAAGGCAUUUGGUGACAGUUCGGUUUUGCUCGAGAGAUACGUUCGAUCUCCUCGACACGUUGAAGUACAAGUAUUUGCCGAUACCCAUGGGAAUGCGGUCUAUUUGUUUGAAAGAGAUUGUUCAGUUCAAAGACGUCAUCAAAAGAUCAUUGAAGAAGCACCCGCUCCAGGACUAUCCGAGGAACUACGAACAGAAUUGGGAUUGGCUGCUGUUCGUGCGGCAAAAGCAGUCGGGUAUGUCGGAGCUGGUACUGUAGAAUUUAUUCUGGAUAAAGAAGAUUUAUCAUUUCAUUUCAUGGAGAUGAACACUCGGCUUCAGGUGGAGCAUCCGAUUAGCGAAAUGAUAACGAAUACGGAUUUAGUGGAAUGGCAAAUCAGAGUUGCAUCAGGUGAACCAUUGCCACUGACACAAGAACAAAUCAAGAAACGUGGACAUGCGUUCGAAGCUCGAAUCUACGCAGAAAAUCCGCGUAACGGAUUUCUACCAGGGGCCGGCCCACUUACACAUUUAAGCACUCCACUACCAAACGAAUUUGUUCGUGUUGAAACUGGUGUUCGUCAAAACGAUGAAGUAUCUGUUCAUUAUGAUCCAAUGAUUGCCAAAUUGGUCGUUUGGAGCGAAACCAGAAAUCUCGCGCUGAAUAGUCUAAUUGCUCGCCUACGAGAAUAUCACAUCACCGGUCUCGAUACAAAUGUAAAUUUCUUGAUUGAUUUGGCAUCGCAUCCAUCAUUCCAAGCCGGUGACGUUCAUACUGGCUUCAUUGAUCAACAUUUAGAUUCGCUAUUUCCUCCAAUAAAAAUCUCAGAGCAAACGAUCAGCCAAGCCAUUGCUGCGAUUGUAACGGAUGAAAAGAUUGCUGAAACCAAACGGGCCAUCGAACAAGGUUGUGAGGGUUCACCAUUUGCAGCUUGCGAUGGAUUUAGAAUAAACUCCUUUUUGGAAAGAGAUCUCAAUGUUGAAUCAAAUGGCCAAACGUACAAAAUCCUACUCAAAUAUGUUCGAACAAACUAUGAAAUCCGAAUCAACGAUGGCGAAUGGAAGCCAUUUUCAGUUAAAACGGUUCAAGACCCAAAUCCAAAUCGUUUAAAACUGAAAUUGAAUUUGGACGGUGUCGAAUCGAUUUUUAGCGCCGUCAUCAAAGAUAAUGUCAUCGAUAUUUUUAACGAAAAUGGCAAAAAUGAAAUCCGCAGAGUAUUGCCAAAAUUCCUGAAAGAGAUUUCUUCUGAAGCUACAACGGCUGGUUCAAAUAAGGCUGUAUCGCCGAUGCCAGGUAUUUGCGAUAAAUUAUUGGUAAAGGCAGGCGAUCGUGUAGGAGCUGGUCAGCCGGUUGCCGUUAUCAUUGCCAUGAAAAUGGAAUAUGUAUUGAAAGCAUCCAAAGACGGUGUUGUUAAGAGUGUUAGUGAUAAGCUAGGCAAAAGUGUGACUAAAGGCGAAGUAAUUGUUGCAUUCGAAGAGGAUGAACCAAAACCAAAGAAUUGAUUAUGUUUUUUGUUAUUUUUAUACGCAUUCGUUUUUGCAUUUACAUGUUUUGUAUUUAAAAAAAAAAAAAAUAAAAAAAUUAAAAAACAAA